UUUAUCGACACUCUUCGUUUCUGUUGUCUGACGUCACUCACCGGAAAUCUCACGUGCUCCUAACCCGGAAAGAUGUCUCUGGGACUGAGUGGAAAGCAACAUGUGUCGUCAGAAACGUGUGAGACGGAUCUGGACGGGGUUUCAGAGCUCAUGGAUCUGCUGCGCAUGGACCUGGAUCCUGAUGGAGAGCAAAGAAAAGCUGGGGGAAGCGAAGCACCGUGUUCUAAGAACGUACUGAGGAAGCAGCGACACUGGGAGAGGCAGCUGGCUGCGAAGAAGAGCAAACGCAAAGAAGAGAAACAGAGGAGGAGGUCGAACCGCGCCCAGGCAUCAGGGGGGGACACAGACGCCGCGCAGUUCACCAAGCGAGUCAUGAAGGCGAUCACCAGCGAGCGUCUAGCAGAGGCUCGCUCCACGGGCCGGAAACUCUGCGUGGACCUCAGCAUGACAGACUGCAUGUCUGACAAGGAGACGAGCCGGCUGGCGGGUCAGCUGAGGCGGCUGUACGGGUCGAACAAGAAGGCGACUCGGCCUUUUCAUCUGUUCCUGACGGACCUGAGGGAGGACAGCCGACUCUACCGGGAGUGUGUUCGGAUGAACGACGGCUUCCUCGGCUACGCGAUGGAAAUAACAGAGGAAAGCUGUUUGGAUCUGUUCCCUUCAGAAUCUGUCGUUUAUCUCACACCAGAUGCCCAAGAAGCUUUGCAGACAGUGGACGCUGACAAAGUGUACGUCCUCGGUGGUCUGGUGGACGAAAGCAUCCAGAAGAAGCUGAGCCUGUCCAGAGCCGCGGAGCUGAGCGUCCGCACCGCCAGGCUCCCCGUGGACGAGUACAUGGUGAAGAAAAACAACGCAAAGAACUUCCACUCCAAGAUCCUCGCAGUUAAUCAAGUGUUCGACAUCUUGUUAAUGUUCUCGGAGACCGGCAGCUGGACACAGGCGCUGCAGACGUGGUUUCCUGCAGGAAAGGGUUACGUCAUCUCACCGGAAAACUCAACAUGUUUUCCUGUUGAGGGUCAAUGAACGAGUUAAUGAGUUGUUAGGGAGUUUUCGGGUUUUUUUAUGGACAAUAAGCUGCAAAGACUCCUAAUAUUUCCUGGUGCACUACGGUGUAUUUAUGUUUUAUGCUGCUUCGCAGCAAACGGUUAAAUCUGAAGCUUUGGAGAGAAAACAUGCAGAAAAUCUGAUCACCAUCAUAAAGUUGUGAGUCGUCGUACUAAAGUGUUCAGUCAAGAUUGCAUGUAGGAAAAAGGAUCAAUUGAAGCAGUUUAUUUCGUUCACAUACUUUUAAAAAUGAUUCAUUUAUCCAUCCAUCUUCUAUUCCGGUUUAUCCGCUUUGGGCCGUGGGAUUAUUUGUUACUACUGCCAAAAUUUACAAUGCCCUCUUUGUGCCUUACAAAAUGUUUUUGUUGGCAUUGCCUCUCCCUGAACUUUGAUUGUUUUCCUUGGAAAAAUGUCGAAUGAAUUCUGAGAGAAAAAAAAAGAAAAAGAAGAGUCUGAUGGAAACGAGUCAAGUGUUAUCAGGAAAAAAAAACACACACAAAAAAAACAUUUCAUGCUUUGUUUUCUGCCUGUGAGAAGAUAAACUGUGGAAAAUGAGCUUGUGGGGGGGGGAAAUGUGAGAAACAAUCUGUGAUGCCUCACCUGCAAGACAACCUCAGGUUAGCAGAGAAACACGAUUUCAUCUCUGAGGAGCAAAGAAACUUUCUCAAAUUCAGUUUUGUUUGUCUAAAUGUCGGCUUAGAGCUUAAAGCAGCUCAAGUUUUUCCUCUCCAAACUGAUUGUGCAAAAUAAAGCAGGAAACCCUGAAGGCAUCUUUUAACUUACAGAUUUUAUAAUAGAAAAGAGACAAUCAGGAAUAACACACAGUUUUGUUUCUGGUACAGAAGGUAGGAACAUAAGCGUACUUGCUAAUUUAUGUAUUUUUGACUUCUUGUGAAAGGAAAAAAUCGUUAGAUUUUCAGUUUAUUUAAAGCUUUGUGGGCGAUUGGCAGGGGAGUCAGUUACAUUCAGUAUGAGUUUAAUGCGUUAAAUUCACAUCAUUUAUCAAAAAUAAAACUGCUUUGAAGCAGAAA